AUGCUAAAAUAUUUAAACUAUUAGUUCUUGGGAGUCUGUGCCUAAAUUCGUAUUCAUAUUGUUCUAAUUAGAAUUUCCAAUAUUAUGUUGUCGACUAUUGUUUCCCCUAUAUGGUACUAAGUAGCUAUUUAUUAUAAUACAAAUGAUUAUGAUUUAAACUGGCUAGUGGGUUGGUAUUUUAUUGGCCCAAUCUUAUUUUGUUUUCCUUUCAAUGCAAUAAUAAUUUAUAAUUAUGGUCUAUCGUAGAUUUUAAGCAGCAUAUGUUCAUCAAUUGGAUUGUGGAUUUUAGUCUCUGUCAAAAGAGAUUUUUAAUUAGGGAUGCUAGGAUUUAUAUUUUUAGGAAUUGGGGAAGCCUUUUGUUGCUAAACUCCUCUAUGUAUCAAAUUAAAUAAAAAAUAGACUUAUCAAAAAUUUGGUUUGAUUCGGACGAACGUAUAUUUACUACAUUUGUGGGAUAAUAUGCAAAUAAUGUAGGAUGUUUAAUUGGAUAUGUGGUUUCAUUUUAUUAUUUUUUUGGAAUUGUAAGUAGAUAUUUCUAAAAUUAGGAUGAUGAAAUUGAAUUUAAUGCACGAUAUGAAAAUCUUGUAUUUAUUAAUGCUAUUUUUGCUACUUCUACUAUCAUUAUUAGUUUCAUAUCGCUCAAGUCCCCACGUAAUACCCUAGAUAAGAUUUAAAUUAGAGAUUCUAUUUGGAAGUCACUAAAAAAGAUUUGUUCUCAUAAGGGAACAUUUUUGGAUAUUGUUUCAAUAUCAACAUGUAUUUUAUUGCAUAAUCUCUUUAGUUAUUGGUGUAAGUUGGUGCUACAUUGUAUUAUUUGGCAAUUAGUAAUAUUAUGUGGAUUAUACACCUGAAGAAAUUUGUUUAACCUAUGUUACUUUUUCAGUUGGAUAAUUAAUUGCUGCUUUAAUAUGUUCUUAUAAGCUGAACUCUUAAUCUCAAAAAGGAUUAUAAUAAACUUAUGAUACAUUUAUCAAAUUUACUAUUAGUUUGGGUUUUUUGUUUUUGGUUGCUGAAAAUCUAACUUUUGAAUUUCUACCAUUUCAAUUAGUUAUUAUUGUGAAUCUUUUCAUUGGAGCUGGCCUUGGAGGGGUAUACUCAAUUUUAUUAGAAUCAUUAAUGGAAAAGCACUACCCAGUACAAGAAUUAGCAAUCUCGAGUUUAUUGGUUGUAGUGGCUUGUGCAUUGUCAUAUUUUAUUUUGAUGAUUUCAAUAAUACCCCAGUUCCUAACAUAUGGAUUUUACAUCUCAUGUUUUUUUAUGAUCCCAUCAUUUUGCUACAUUCUAGUCUUCUAUAAAACUAAAUAUACUCGUUUUGAAUAUGAGUCGUGA